CGGAUCACGGCUCUAAGUUCACCUUGGACCAUGCAUGGUGUCUUCUGAGGUACGAACAGAAGUGGCUGAGCCUGAACACUCCAAAGUCUGGCGGUGAGAAGAGAAAAACUGGUGAGGAUGGUUCCCAACCAUCAGGCAGUAACGUUGGUGAGGAAGAGCCCAGACCUGAAGGUAUCAAAGCUGCGAAAGCAAGUAGGAAUUCUAGGAAGGGGAUGGCUGUCGAGGACUUUAAGAGCGUCCAUGAGCUCAAGAUGGAGGAUUUGGCGAAGAAGGAGAGGCUCUCGAAGCUGGCCAUUUUAGACACUCUACUUGCUAAGAAGGAGCCAACGGAGAGGGAAGAAAAUGUGAAGAACCAGCUGUUGGGCGAAUUUUUCUAGUUUUCAAACCCUUAGAGUCUAUGUUGUGUAAUAUCUAUUAUGUUUGUGUCAUGCGUCUAGUGUCCGAGGAGUAGCUGUGACUAUGUGUGAUUUGAAAUCCUAAGAGUCUAUGUUCUGUUUUUAAAUUAUGAUUGUUGGUCUUUCAAUGUGUGAUUUGUGUUUAAUUAUAAGAAUUAUUUUCAUGAGAGAAUGUCUGUUUACAAAUUAUAUUCUCUGUCUAUGUUCUAUGUUCUGUUUACAAAUUAUAUUCUCUGUCUAAUGUGUUCUGUUUUGAUUAUUCUCAGGCAAUGGGAUUGGAUUAUUCGUACACGCAGCCGUCUGAGUCGGAGGAUUACGGUUUAGGAGGUUCAGCAGACAGUGGAAACAGCUCUACAGAGAUGUACAUCCAGCUGGACCAAGCUCAGAUCGAAGCCGCGCGCCAUCAGUACCCUCCGCAGCCUGAAGUGGAGUUUGGCUUCCCCAAGGAGUGCUACUGUGGUGGAGAGCCACUUGUAGCCACUUCUUACACAAGAACUGACCCGGGGAGAAGGUUCUACACCUGCAAGAACAAACAGGACGGAGACUGCCAUGUCUACAAGUGGUGGGACGUCGCGGCUACAGAGGAGAUCAAAGCACUUGGUGCACAAGUGACCCUCCUCACUGAUAAGGUAGAUUCGCUUUCAUUCGUCGGUUACGAGGACACCGAGGUGCGGGAGUUAAAGGAAGUUCAAUUUGAUAUGGAGCAGAAAUUGGUUAGGUUGGAGAGCAUUGUAUGUGACUUAGGUAGAAAGAAAUCUAGAUUUGGUUAUGGGUUUGAACUAGUUGUAGGUGUUCUGGUGGUUGUGUUAGUCAUAAUAGCCAUCGGAGUAGCUGCUCGUAUGUAGGUUUAUAUGUCUUGUGUUUCUCGAAAAUGUAUGAUUAUCCUUGUGUUUUGUUAAACCUUGUUCAACUCGGAUUACGUAACCCUAUCAAACUCUGAUUAAAUCUUGUUUCAAAGUCUUGAUUGAUUUUUUUUAUCAAAACUCUUGCUAAAAUUAGUUUUUGUUUUUGCAUGUACCAAC